GGGACCGGGUGGUGAGAAGCCAAGCCGCUCGCAGGUAGGCUUGGGGUCAGGAGGACCCCAGAGUGGAGGUCGUUGUGGAAUUGGGCGGAGAUUCCCUAGAAGCUUCUCUUUCAUUGGGUAGAGCUGCUGCGUGUGUGUACCACAGUAAGCCACCAAUAUUCUUGUCCCGGGGUUAGGAUGCUGCGACCAGCCGCUGUUGUGUUGGAGAACUGAGCUGCCAGUUGAGUCUGGCUUCCUUUCUACAGGGCUGGCUGCCUGCCAUCCCACCCGCUGUUCUGACUAGACAGGCAAAGAUGGCGACGUCAUCGGGACAUUCCGAGGAGGAUGGCGGCAGCUGCUCCCAUCACAGAGCAGCGCCAAGUGUACACCAGACUCUGGAGGAGAUGGAUUUUGAGAGAGGGAUCUGGUGUGCGGCUUUGAAUGGAGACCUUCAGAGGGUCCAAAUGCAGAUCCGGAACCGGGGCAAACCCAGUGAGCCUGACCCCCUGGGAUACACAGCUUUGCACUACGCCAGCCGCAAUGGGCAUUAUGACGUCUGCCGCUUCCUGUUGGAGAGUGGUGCCCUCUGCAACGCCCAGACUCACGGUGGGGCCACGCCGCUCCACCGAGCCUCUUACUGCGGCCACACGGAGGUUGCCAAGCUGCUGCUGGCCCACGGAGCCGAUCCGGCGACCACUGAUGACGAUGGGAAGACCUCCCUGCACAAGGCCGCCGAGAACGGACACCUUGACCUCUGUGACCUUCUGCUGGAGCAGAACCCGGACCUGAGGCUUGUGCGGGACAAGAAGCUCAGGCGGGCUUGCGACCUGGUUCCCGAGGAGAACAAAGACUUGAGGGAACUUUUGGACCCGUGACUUGGCUGCCGGCUGUGGCCGAGGACCGAAGGCCCAGCCUCCCUCGAGGUCCGUGCCCUCCCCCUCCUGGGAUGCUCUGCUACAACCCAGAAGCCGUCAAAGGGACCUGCUUGUGAUUCUGAUCUGUGCCUUGCAGAGCUCCAGGUCGCCGUCUCCUCUGCCUCCCUCUCGCCCUUCCUAAGCAGAAGCCUUCUGGACCGGCUCGGAUGAGGAAGGUGGCACUCUUUUGGACGGACUCGACGGGGCAGUUCACGCAACCAGGGUUGGCUUGGGGAGAAGCUGCCUACCCUGGAUUGGGAGCUGAGGAUGCUCCCGUUGGCCAGCCGUCUGCAACUGAAAACCAGGCUUGGAGGGGGAGGAAGGGGUAAUUUGGGAAGGAAAAGCAGUUGGGGGGGAGACAUUUUUCCAUCCCACUUCAAUCACCAGUUUAGGUUGGGAGGCUUUUGUGUCCCUAAUCCUGGUUCAGUGAACAAGCCUGAGAUCCCUCCUUAGAUGCAUGGUUGCGUUGAAAUUGCGGGGGUCUUAACUAAGUUUCUCACAUGCCAAUGUGUUGCCUCCCGCCACGAGCACCCCACCCCCGACACCACCUCCCUCUGUGCACCGGAUUUCCCUCUGGACCCUUUUCUUUCUUCCUAGACCAAGAGGACUGCAAAGUUUAGCUGAGGGACCAGCUGGGUGAGUCGACCAAAAGCAUUCUGAUGGAUGAAAAAGGUGCCUCUGAUGCCCGGGUAGGCAACCUUGGCUUUCCAGUUGUUGAACGACAACUCUCAUUGUCCCCAGCCUCAAUAAAUGGUGUAGCAGUUUUUAAAA